AUGAUGGCUGCCCUCAGACCCCUUGUGAAACCCAAAAUUGUCCAAAAGAGGACCAAGAAGUUCAUCCAGCACCAGUCAGACCGAUAUGUCAAAAUUAAGUGCAACUGGUGUAAACCCAGAGGCAUUUACAAUAGGGUGCACAGAAGAUUCAAGGGCCAGAUCUUGAUGCCCAACAUUGGCUAUGGGAGCAACAAGAAAACAAAGCACAUGCUGUCCAGGGGCUUUCAGAAGUUUCUGAUCCAUAACGUCAAGGAGCUUGAAGUGUUGCUGGUGUGGAACAAAUCUUACUGUGCUGAGAUUGCUCACAACGUCUCCUCAAAGAACCACAAAGCCAUUGUGGAAAGAGUAGCCCAGCUGGCCAUCAGUCACUAA